UCCCUUUUGAUGUUCCAAGCAUGAAACGCAUGCAACUGUGCUAAAUUCAUUUUAGCAUCUUUUAAAAAAGAGUGGAGAGACGAGUUCACCUCUAAUUCCUCAGAUUCAUUUUUUUGUCUCAGGGCAUUUAAUUUUACAUUUUAACAGGGUAUUGUAAUUUGUAAGAGGUUCUCAGGUCGUCGUUUUUUAGCGUGAUGUUUUGUCUGGAGGCCGAGGUCCCAGAAAUCCCCUCCUCCUCCAAUCAAAUGCAGAGCACUUAAAUCUCGUACUCAUUUUCAGCAUAUUAUAUUUUCCAUACAUUCGAGAUAUGCUUCUUUUCACCUGUACAUUUUCAGUCAAGUUUCUAACGGGCGAUCCAUAAAAACCGAAAUGAAAUGGCGGGAGAACUUUAUCAUUCACACGUUUUGCCAAAUUUUCGUGGCCUGAAGCCGUUGCCAGUUUCUGUUCCGGAGAGUGGACUGUUAAAUAUUUGUGGAGGUAGGUUCGAAUCCCGUCGGCUAACACGAAGGAACGGCCUUGGAGGAGGAGAAGUUCCUGUUGCAAAAUGUAACAUCAUGGAUUUCUCGAAGAAGCCACGACAUCCGCGAGAAAACAUAAAGAUGUGGAAUUCAGUGAAAGCUUCCAAACUUCCAGACAGCCCGUAUACUUAUCAUAACAAUGAGGCUGUUACUUCAAUUAAUCACACUGUCACAGAGGGUCAAACUUUGACAUCCAUUGCAAGGCAGUAUGAGACAUCAGUAGAGGAAAUCGCUUCAGUGAAUCACAUUGAUAAUUUUGACAUGAUUGAAUCUGGUCAACUUUUAGUUGUACCUGUUCAUCAUAAGAUAUCUAAAAGGGUUUCCACAAUUACAAUGGAUUUGAAUGAAAUUAGACCCAAGAAUAAAAUUAUGUUACCAGCUUCAACUGUUGCAACAACAUCAGUUCCUCAGCCUGGACCUACUAUAUCGUCUCCCCUCUCUCUACGAUUUGUUAAAGGGACUCUGUUAUUUCUGCUCUUGGCUCCUGCUCUAGCUUACUGUAUUAGAUGGUCGGUGCAUUCAAUCAGACUACAAAUGGAUGAAGUUUAUGAACAAGAAACAGAGGAGAAGACAUCAAGCACACAUCAUAAGACAAAACAUGCACGGUGGCACAGCAUUCUGGAGGAUGAUGCAGGGACUACUGCUUUGGAUAGCUCACCGAAAGGGUAUUCUCCAACAGUUGGAUGCACGCAAUGCGAUGUAUGGAGCAUGCAAGAUCAUGCAAGGAAAUGGAUGAAGAUGAAAGCCCUACAAGGACGUAAGAUGCACAAGAUCAAAGUGAAAGCUCAAGACAGGAAGAGGAAUUCAUCGAGGCAAACAAUUUUUCAUCUCAAGGAUCAGUUCAAGGGACAAGUCAAAUAAGACAACAUCAUGAAUGUGAAUGAGGAGGAUCAACAUGUCAAGUCUUGGAGGAAGAUAGUAACAAAGACAAAAGGAUGUCUUACAAUCUUGAAUUUCCUUCGAAAAUCCAAGAAUUAUUGCUAGUACUCCAAGGUGAAAGAUUCAGUGGAGCAAGACAAUUUAAUCAAGUCUACCAGGCAAGCUAAGGUGGCAUCCCCAUCAUCAUUCAACCAAACAAAGGGCCCAAAGUUAAAAUGUCUAGAUACAUUGUAUCUGACUCUUUCAAAUAAGGGUCAAGUGACACAUGGCAAUUUAUCAAAUACUGUUUUAUGUACCUAACCUCAACUUUCAUUGGUUAGAAUUCAAAAAAGGACAUGUGUCCACAUCAUUGUAAUUAUUUCAUUGGCCAGAGGGAGUUUGUUGCAGAAAACCCUUAUUAGGGUUUCAUUGUAAAAUCUCGGCCAUUGAUUGGAGAAUCAAUCAGAGCCAUUGAAAUGUAAAAAGAGCUCUAUAUAAGGCUCAGACCUCUCUUUUGUAAAAGGUUAAUA